UGCAAGUCUAUAUCCCUUUGGCCGGCACAUUGUAAAGUUUUUCCUCUUUCAAAUCCGUAGUUAAAAAAAAAAAAAGAAAAGAAAAUCCUAAUUUCCUGUUCUGGAAACCCUAAUUUGCGCGUUUCGGGGACGUACAAGGCAUUCAAUUUCACAUUUUUGGGCACUCGAAUUGCCUAAUUUCGUGUUUCGGCAAGAGUUUAUUCAAAUAUUGACGCGAAUUCGGAUAAUUUCAACAAGGAAAUAGUUACUAGAGUUCCGGUAAAGUCCCCCAUGGGUGAAUGCAACAUGGAGGAGAUGUCUCUCCCAGCUCUGUUCGAGCAAGCUCGGAAGAUCCAUCUAUCGGUCUCGGAAUCUGGUGCAGUUGAUCAGGAGGCGGUGAGGAAGGGUUGCGAGGCUCUUGGAAAGUGCGAAGAAAUGAUAAGCAAGCUGGGGUUGUUCUCCGCCAAUGAGACCAAGGAUGAUAUCAGCACCACUAAUCUAAAAUACCUUCUGGUUCCAUUUUAUCUUGGCGAGUUGACUGAAAAAAUUGUACGAGAUGACAGGAUACAUAUUCUCAAGGCUUCCCAAGCAAAGCUAAAGGCAUUCAUCUCAUUUUGCGAGUCAAUGGAACUCUUACCAGAGGAGGAACUAGAAGCAUCUACACGAGGGGGUUCAGAUUCUUUUGUUUAUCGAAGGGCCAGAAAGAUUGCUCGCUUCAAACGUCAAAGAGCUGCUGAAUCAAAGUUGCUGGAAAUUAAGGAGCGGAAAGAACGACGAGGGCGAUCAGCUAAAGCUGCCACCUUAUCCACUCCUGUUGAGGCAGGGGAGGAAGAUGUGCUCGAUGAUGAUGGGGAAGAAGAGCGAGAGGCCUGGUUUACUACCAUCUCUUUGGCUAUCUGCAAGGCUAUGGAUUUGCUGGAAAUGCUAAAGAAGGAGGAGGAGAUUCUGUCAGCUAUAAAAGAAAAACAGUCGAAGGAGGGGGACAAGGAGUUCUUUCUGGAUCUUCUUGAUGAUCGAACCAAGAAAGCAGAAGCUUGGCAUCGUGAUGCUGCAGUCCGAGCACAGUAUACAAAACCCGCACGGCCUAUUACGUGUGCUGCUUUUGCACAAGAUGUUCUAGAAGGAAGAGCAAAGGUCUCACAAGCACAUGAACACAAACACCAGCCAUUGAUAUUUGGACCUCAGAGUCUUGUGGGUGGAAGGUUAACAAGCGAGAGAGAAAGGAUGGCGGCACAGGUUUUCCAACCUGGUUUUAGGUUGCCAACCAUGAGCAUAGAGGAAGCUGGGUUAAAAGAGAUGAAUAUGAUGAACAAGUGGCAAGAGAGGAAUGCUAAACUUAUGGAAGAAGCCAAUUCUGCAUGGUACAAGGACAGUAAGAAACCUGGGCCGAGCAACGCGGACGAGGAUGAUGAAGACGAUGAUGCUGCCCAAGAAAAGGCAAGGGCAUGGGAUGACUGGAAGGAUGACAAUCCCCGGGGUGCAGGCAACAAGAAGCUCACUCCUUGUGGUUAAAUUGACAAUGAGACUAUUAUCAUCUGUUCUUAACGGGGAAUCAGUUGGUGGGGAGCUUAUUUUAUAAUAAGGGCUUAUUUUGGCUCCUUUUUUGUGAACAAAAUUGAAUGUUUUUACCCUCCCGAGGCCAACAAUCUUCUGAAGAUGCGAAAAAUUGUUGAAAGCUAUCAGUCAUGAAAAGCUAUGCCUGCAUUCUCCAAUAUUAUCAGACACUGGAUCUACCUUGUUACUGAAAAUCUCCUCACUGUCGCAAUCUAUAUU